GGAGAGCUGAGACUUUGCCUCGUUGUUUCUUCGCGCUGGUGUCACUGUAUUUUUGCCGCCGCUAAUAUGAUCCCGAUGCCUGUGGUCGUUUGUGUGCUGGGGGGCUGGUGCAUUGCGUACCUGGCCGACACCGCAUUGAAGUCAUCUUCCUCCCUGAAGGCAUCUUAUGAAGAAUGGCUCACAUCGUACGGCCUAACUGUCUCUCCAUUUCACGUGCGAUGGCAAACUUCUCUCUUCAACCGCCUGUUUUACAAUUGGGGAAGAUGGAAACCCAGAUUUCUUUAUCUAUGGUUUAGUCUAGGGAUGUUUUUUGGCAUUGCUGCUAUGUUUGGUUCUGUUGUUCUCCUUGGGAAGACGCUGAUGCAGACACUCUCGCAGAUGCUAACUGAGGCUCCUACAGCUCAGAAUGAUCAGAUGUUGCAGGUUGUGGUGCCUGGUGUAAAUCUUCCCAUCAGUCAGCUGUCCUAUUUCUUCACAGCAAUUCUCAUCAGUGGUGUCAUACAUGAAGUCGGCCAUGGGGUGGCAGCUAUUCGAGAGCAAGUUCGAUUUAAUGGCUUUGGAAUUUUUAUAUUUAUUGUUUAUCCUGGGGCAUUUGUUGAUCUCUUCACUACACACUUGCAACUUAUUUCUCCAAUCCAGCAGCUGAGAAUAUUUUGUGCAGGAGUCUGGCAUAACUUUGUGCUCGGAGUUGCAAGUCUUGUGGUUCUUUUCAUUCUGCCAGCCCUUCUUUUUCCAUUUUAUUAUACUGGGGCAGGGGCACUUGUCACUGAAGUCGCAGAGGACUCUCCUGCUAAUGGACCCAGAGGCCUUUUUGAAGGAGAUCUUGUCACUGCUCUGCAGGACUGUUCAGUUCAUAGUGUGGAGGACUGGAAUUCCUGCCUGGGAGAGAUUUCUCGGAAGCCACAAACUGGCUAUUGCAUAAAGGCAACAGUUCUGCAACAGCUAACCUUCCCAUCUAGAGGUUUUAAGAGACUUGAUGGCACGGUUGAAUGCUGUAGCAACAAUAGCCUCACAGAUGUCUGUUUUUCAUACAGUAAUAAUUUGGAGAGCCACCUGUAUACCUGUCUGCCAGCUCGGAAAGCUAUUGAGACCAGUCAACUCUGCCAUACUAAUAUGGAUUGCCAGAAGGAUUUUGUUCUUAGCUUGUGCGUGAUUCCUUCUUUGGAAAACCAAACUAGACUCAUCCGGGUGAAACACCCACCUCAGAUUGAUAUGCUGUUUGUAGGGCACCCACUCCAUCUACAGUAUACAGUGAGCCUAAGCAGUUUUAUACCUCGGCACAGCUUUCUCAGCGUGGACCUACCUGUGGUAAUGGAAACUUUUUGCAAAUAUCUGAUCUCACUCUCUGGAGCCUUGGCUGUAAUUAAUGCAGUCCCCUGCUUUGCUUUGGAUGGUCAAUGGAUACUAAACUCUUUCCUGGAAGCUACUCUUAGCACCUUAAUUGUUGAAAAACAAAACAGGGAGCUUGUAGGCUUUUUAAUUUUGCUAGCUGGUAGCACACUUUUGGCGGCCAAUGUGGCUCUAGGACUCUGGGUUGUGACGGCACGAUAGUAUAAUUUGCAAAUUGUGAUACUGGAUAAUUUUUGUAAAUGUUCUUGGAACACAAAGGAGGAAAUGGAAUUUAUCCUUGAUAUACACGCUGUCUGUGUGCACACCCUGUGUGCUGUCUGUGUGCACACCCACGGAACUAGGAAAAAGACAGGAAAAAGCUGUCUGUCCAAGGAGUUGUAUAGUAAUUCAAGAGUUGAUGCAAAUUUUUGUGAGCUAAAUAGAUAAAUCUUCUUCUUUGUCAUUUGGAAACCUGCAUUGAAAAUAGAUUAGGCAUGACCUAAUUUAUUGAAACUUCCAAUUGUGGAAAUAGUUUGGCACUAAAACAUGGUCAGUUGCAGAGAACAACUCUUUAUGCUUUGAAUACGGAGAACAGAGACUGUGUGGUGCAUCUCCUGUCCCAUUUUGGGUUCACAAAAACUGUAGCCUGGGGAAAGAGCUAGCAUUAUGACAUUCUAUAUCAGCUGUAAUAUUUACACACAUACACAUGCACAUGGGAUUUUGUAGCUGGCUUGCCUCCAUGUCCAUUAGCCAGUGGUCUGCAGGCUAUCAGCUGCCAUUAAGGCUUUUCCUCGGAGGCUGCAGUCACACACGGUGCUCCCAGGCCACUUGUUCUCAACUGUGCCAGAAAUCUUUAACAAAGGAAACAUAUGGCCUGUGGACCAUAUUUGGCCUACCUGUCAUAUAGAUAAAAAGACCUAGUGUCUUUUAAGAAGAAAACGCAUGGAAAAAUAUUAAAAUAGUUCUUUUUAACAUUAUAUGUGAUACAUGAAUUACUUUAGAACUUUUAAAAUUAUAUGGUUGGUUGACUUGAGUCUUUACUUUCCUAUAGGCAUCUUUACCUAAAUACUUGAAAUUCUGCUGUUAGCAAAGUCAGAGUUUUUCUGUGAAUCAUAAAAUUACUGUGUGUUCCCUUUGACUCCAAACUGAAACUUGCCUUCCAUGUAUAAUAGAGCUGUAAUCAGCAGUCCCAUCAAUAGUUGCUUUCCUUAGUAAAUGUUAUGUUGAAACGUGCAUGUUUUACAUAGAUGCUGUUUAACUGAAGAGCAUUUUAAUUCUGUUUUACUGAGAAGUCCUGUCUUUUGUGGAGGACCAUGUUCAGAUGUUAACUAGGAGUCUCUUUAAAUGAGACAUCUGAUAUGUGAAGAACACGUGUCAGGAGAUGCAAUGGUAGCCAGGAAGAGUAGUUUUUAAAAGACAGAGCCAACGGCAGGGCAAAGGCUUUGCUAUAACACUGGAGUUGUGUGAAGGGGCUGUGAAAUACCAGAAGGGAAACUACAGCCCAUUAUAACCUCUCCAGGUCCAAGCCUGGCUCAGGAAUGCAUUUCUAUUCCUCACUGCCCUUGUGAUCCUGCACAGUUUUAGACUGGAAAGGUGAAAUUGACAGAGCCUUCUGGGAGGUGAAGAUGAAAUUAUCAAACUGAGGAGCAAUCUCAGCUCUUUUUCAACUACCCUUCCUGACUUACAUUGUGUCUCCCUAUAUUUGAGGAACAUGCGCCAAGGCAUCUUGUGUACAAAGAUUCAUGUAUAUCAGAAUAUCAGGGUGCCCUUUGCACUUGCUCCCAGCUGAGUGGGAGCUGCUCAGAGAUGGACAGCUUCUAUCUUGCUGGGGAAAGAUUUAAAGGUUACUUCAGGCAUCACAAAAAGCUCAGUUUACAGCAUUUGUGGUCCAAAGUCCUUUGUCAUUAGGAACUUUCCAUUCUCAUCUGUGAAAGGAAACACCCUGUGAGUGGAAGACUCUUUCUGUACUUAUUGCUAGGAUAUUUUCUAGAUGAGAAUGGUUAGCCCCUAUGAGUAAGGAGUUUGUGUGAUCCCUGAAAGGUAAUUAUUCUGUUACUGUGUCUGUCUCAACUAGAUUGACAUGUUUACCACUCAAUAUCUUUUUCACUUUUAUUAUCAACAGAUGUUUGCAUUUUAGGAAAGUGCUUGUUUCAAUCAGAUGUGAUUUAAUCAUGAUGAUUCCAAAUUAUUUUUAUAGACAGUAUUGAUCUGAGAAAUAUAUGCUCACGUGUUUUAAUUAUUGGCUGUAAGCCACUUUGAGUGCCUCAUGGUAAAAAGUGGGAUAUAGAUUUAAAUGUAAAAUUAUUGAGUAUGUGCCAUUUCUAAUUUAUACUGGAUUGUAAAAAUCUGUAUCAGAUGGGAAAAUGCUGUUUGAUAUUCAGAGAGAUUGUACAUAAUUUAGAUUAAUACCUAUUGUACUCUUAUGUGACCAAUCUGGGUGUUAAAAUUUCA